CAAAAGAGCUCGCCGAUUUGAUGGGGAGCAGAACCUAAUAGAGCUCGGCAACCUUCGGUGUUUUCCGUUGGGGCCCGGCCGCCAUUUUCUCGCUCCCUCUCUUUACUCGUUAGCUGCGCGGCUCCCUGCCCUGGUCGCCAGCGCUUUGUCCUGUUCGGCGAUGGACGGCAUUGUUACUGAUGUUGCAGUUGGUGUGAAGAGAGGAUCUGACGAACUUCUUUCAGGCAGUGUACUCAAUAGCCCGAACUCUAAUAUGAGCAGCAUAGUAGUUACUGCCAAUGGUAACGACAACAAGAAAUUCAAGGGUGAAGAUAAAAUGGAUGGGGCUCCUUCUCGUGUUCUUCAUAUCAGGAAAUUACCAGGAGAAGUGACAGAAACAGAAGUUAUUGCUUUGGGUUUACCUUUUGGUAAGGUAACCAACAUUCUCAUGCUGAAAGGAAAAAAUCAGGCUUUUUUAGAGCUGGCAACAGAAGAAGCUGCUAUUACUAUGGUAAAUUAUUAUUCUGCUGUGACACCUCAUCUUCGCAAUCAACCUAUAUAUAUUCAGUAUUCAAAUCAUAAAGAAUUAAAGACUGAUAAUACACUUAAUCAGCGAGCUCAAGCUGUCCUGCAAGCAGUAACUGCUGUACAGACAACAAAUACUCCCAUAAGUGGAACUACUGUUAGUGAGAGUGCAGUAACUCCAGCUCAGAGUCCAGUCCUUAGAAUAAUUAUUGACAACAUGUAUUACCCAGUAACCCUUGAUGUUCUUCACCAAAUAUUCUCUAAAUUUGGUGCAGUCUUGAAAAUAAUCACUUUCACAAAAAACAACCAGUUUCAAGCAUUGUUACAAUAUGGUGAUCCUGUAAAUGCCCAGCAAGCAAAACUUGCAUUAGAUGGUCAGAAUAUUUAUAAUGCUUGCUGUACCUUACGGAUUGAUUUUUCCAAAUUGGUCAACUUGAAUGUAAAGUAUAAUAAUGAUAAAAGUAGAGAUUACACUCGUCCUGACCUUCCAUCUGGUGAUGGUCAACCAGCUUUGGAUCCAGCUAUUGCUGCAGCAUUUGCAAAGGAGACUUCACUUCUAGGGCUUCCUGUUGCAGCUGUUCCAGGAGCGCUGAGUCCUUUGGGGAUUCCAAAUGCUGCGGCGGCGGCGGCAGCAGCAGCGGGCCGUGUGGGUAUGCCUGGAGUUUCAACUGGUGGCAAUACAGUCCUUUUGGUUAGCAAUUUAAAUGAAGAGAUGGUUACGCCCCAAAGUCUGUUUACCCUCUUCGGUGUUUAUGGGGAUGUACAACGAGUGAAGAUUUUAUACAAUAAGAAAGACAGUGCUCUUAUACAGAUGGCUGAUGGAAACCAGUCACAGCUUGCUAUGAGCCAUCUUAAUGGGCAGAAAAUGUAUGGCAAGAUUAUUCGUGUCACUCUUUCCAAACAUCAAACAGUUCAGCUACCUCGAGAAGGUCUCGAUGACCAAGGCUUAACAAAAGAUUUUGGCAAUUCACCUCUUCAUCGUUUCAAGAAGCCUGGUUCAAAAAACUUUCAAAAUAUUUUUCCUCCAUCUGCAACUCUUCAUUUAUCUAAUAUUCCACCAUCAGUAUCGGAAGAUGACCUGCGCAUGUUGUUUGGUAAUACUGGAGGCACUGUGAAAGCAUUUAAAUUUUUUCAAAGAGAUCACAAGAUGGCCCUUCUUCAGAUGUCAACAGUAGAAGAAGCUAUCCAGGCUUUGAUUGAUCUGCAUAAUUACAAUCUUGGAGAAAAUCAUCAUCUGAGAGUUUCUUUUUCCAAAUCAACCAUUUGAAGUGAGAUAUCAAAAUAAUAAGGUUGUAUCACAUUGUUUAGUGUUGUCAUCUAUGACUGUUCGGGAAAGCGGGGACCAGAGAUGGACAUCUGUUUUUCAUGCUGUUAUCAUUCCUUGAUUGUUUAUGUAUAAAUGAAAUGAAAAAGGAUUUGCAAGGAAGAAGCAGUGAUAUUAUCUGCUGGUUUUGCAUAUGUUUAUGAAACCAUUUUGUUUAAAGGGGAUUCUGAGGAAAUCCCAUAGUUUUUCAACUUAGUUAACAUACGUGCCUUAAAGAAGGAAAACUUAGAGUUGCAUUUACUAGUUAAAAAUUUGGUUGUUUGGGGCACAUUAUAUGGGAAUUAAUAGGUGCAGUCCAGUGAACGUUAGGCUUGCAUUUAUUCCAUUGAAAUCCAAGAAUUAGAACAUUGAUUUCAGGGGGAAUUUGUUGCACCUAACUUCUGCAGGAUUAUGCCAAAUAUGUAUUAGGCAAGAGUGUGUAAAAAGGGUUAAGCUUUUUUUUCUGUUUGGGAUUUAUCAGUUUUCCAUGAAACAUUUUUAAAACAAAAUCAGUUGCUCUUCUCGAAGAGAAACUCGGCAUAUUAUUUUUUCUCUCAGUAAAAAUGGCCUUUGUAUUUCAGAUUUAGUUUAGUUGAAAAUAUAGGCUUUAGUCAGAACUACAAAGAUGCAAAGAGUUAAUUUCUUUAAAAGUCUGAAAGUGAUUCUUCUGUUUUUUGUUAGUUCCUGUGGCUUUUAGCCUCAGUGAAAAAAGAGUUGUAUAAAGUCUUAACCUUUUUGUAAACACACUCUGGGGCGAAUCAUAUAAAUGUUGGCACUAAGUAAUGUCUUGUUUGUGGCUGAAUAUUUUUUGUAGAUGUUUUUUGAAGUUGACAUAACUUACAUGCAUUUAAAUAUAUAUUGCCAUUUUUAGUUAGUAAUUACAAUUUGAAAUAUGGUUGUGGAUUUCUGAGCAUGUUCAGACUGGUCUAGCUAGUUCAGGAGUUGGUGCAUGUAUUUCAAGGAUGAAGAAAAUGUAUUGCAAACUUUUGCAGAAAGAUUAAUAAUUUUUUUGGCAGUUUUCUUUAUAAAAAAACAAAAACAAAACUGACAACCAGGUGGGACCAAAGUUUAUGUGCCUUUAGUCUUAAUUUACCUUGCAUUGUAAUAUUCAGUUUUAAUAAAUCUCUUCAAAAUAUUUUAUAACUAGAAAUGGAUCUGCCUUUACUAUAAACAUGGCUCAGAAUCUACAGGAAAAAAAAAUCAUUUGGAAACAGUUCCUCUAUCAAUCUGGGCUGUUUUACUGAUUCUGUUCAAAUGACCAAUACUUUUUGCAAUUGAUGUAUUUAGUUCCAAAAGUCAUAGAUUAUGUUAUCUAUGUAGAAAAAGGUCAUGUAUAUUUUCUAUUAGUUGAGUUUUUACAUCUUUAGAAAUGUAAUAUUUCAGUAUAGUUUGAAAGCGGCACAAUUAAAAAUUAAUUUUCUAACAAAGUUGGGAGGUUUGAUGGUUGUUUAAUUUCUUCUUAUGUGUACGCUGCUUGCCUCUGUAGCAUGCUCAAUAAACACUUCUGUAGCUCUGUA